AUGGAAUCCACUAACGGCACGACAAGCCACGAGCUUCCACCGGUGGUCCUAGACGGAGAUGAAGUCAGUCAGACGGCGGUCGACUCGUUCCCCGACGCAAUCUACGGCAAUGUCGUUUGGCAAACCCUACUAUCCAGGCCAAGAACCUGCUCAGACUCGAUGUGCGCGGGCAUCGCGACUUGCCCAUCUAACGGGACACUCGCUCUUCACCAGCAUACUCAGGCGGAGAUCUACUACGUGCUUGAAGGGUCUGGGGAGGUGGAGAUCGGCGGGGUUCGGCACUAUGUUACUGAGGGCAGCAUGCUUUGGAUCCCCGGUGAUGCGAUGCAUGGUGUCUUCUGCGGGCCCAACCAGACGCUCAAAUGGCUGUAUGUCUUUCCUGAGGGGCGUUUCGAGGAUAUCAUCUACCGGUUCAAGGCCGCAUAA